CCUUCCCGCCUGGGCGAGACCGCGGGAAUCCUGCCGUCAGCCCUCUGGCUUAAGAGCAAGGACAACCCGGGCUCAGAGAGGGGUGGCGAGCGGCCAGGGUCACACAGCGCGCCGGCCGGCUCGCGGCCUCCUCCGCCUCUGGGAGUCUCCAAGCUUGCCCCGAAGUGGGGCAAGGCAGAAGCCAGAUCGAGAAUCUGAGCUCUCUCAACCCCUCAGGCUGACUCCAGGGAAGCAGCAGUUGCCAGCAUCCAGCUGCCUACUUUCUGGAUCUGUCUCCGCGUUUCUCCGGUCUCCUUAGACCAAAGCCCUUGGGGUAUGUAACAGCCAUGCCUGUGGACACACUGACUCCGGGAUCCCGGGACACAUCUGCCCUACCUUUCCGCCUGCGGACCAAAGUGCCUGGCUACCUGCUCCGGAGGCCAGCAGAUGGUGGAGCCCGGAAACCUAGUGCUGUGGAGCGCCUGGAGGCUGACAAGGCCAAGUAUGUCAAGAGCCUGCACGUGGCCAACACCCGCCAGGAACCUGUGCAGCCCCUGCUGUCCAAGCAGCCCCUCUUCAGCCCUGGGACUCGCCGCACAGUGCUCACACCUAGCCGCCGAGUACUGCCUGGCCCUGGCCGUCGGCCCCAGCUGGACCUGGACAUCCUUAGCAGCCUCAUCGACUUGUGUGAUAGCCCUGCGUCCCCUGCUGAGGCCAGCCGUACUCCUGGACGGACAGAAGGAGCCCACCAGGCGCCCCCAGCCAACCCUCCACGCCCGCCACCCAGUACAGCUGCUGUCCGCCGAGUGGAUGUCCGUCCUCUCCCCGCCUCCCCUGCCCGGCCCUGCCCAUCGCCAGGCACUGUCCCCGCCUCCAGCCCAGCCCGGCCCCCAGGUUUGCAGCGCUCCAAGUCCGAUUUGAGUGAGCGCUUUUCCAGAGCAGCAGCUGACCUGGAGCGAUUCUUUAACUUCUGCGGCCUGGACCCGGAGGAGGCACGGGGGUUGGGCGUGGCUCACCUGGCGAGGGCCAGCUCAGACAUCGUCUCCCUGGCGGGGCCCAGUGCCGGGCCUGGCAGCUCGGAGGGGGACUGCUCCCGCCGUAGCUCUGCCACUGUUGAGGAGCGGUCUCGGGAGCGCGUCCCCUACGGUGUGUCGGUGGUAGAGCGCAACGCGCGAGUGAUCAAGUGGCUGUAUGGGUUGCGGCAGGCACGCGGUGCCCCCGCCGCGGAGGGCUAGGCUUCCACUGGACUCCGCAUUUGCACAGGACACAUCCAGGAGAGGCAGCUGGGCUCUUGACCUCUUCUGCAUCCGUUCCCUGGCUUGGGACAGACCAGAGGCUGGGCGGUA